AUGGCUACCUCCACUGAACAAUAUCGCCAAUAUCCAUCGCCGCCGUCGAAUUAUACGGCGCAGGAUCAUCAACAGCAGCAAUAUCAACAGACUGCCCCUGUCUCGCCGCGCAAAGGUUCGCAGAAUCCGCCAGCCCACAACCGAACCUUCAGCUUUCAUUCUCAAAAGUCGCAUAAGAGUUCUGGUAGCAAGGACUUGCAAGAAACCCACGCCGAGAAGGAAGCGAAGCGUUUACAUAGCAAAGCGGACCCCACGUUAGCUAUAAGCGAAGCAGAGCCAUCUGCCAUCGCUGCCAUGAUGACCGAGUCGAAUUUUGCCCCUUUGCGGUCCAUGCAACACAAGGAUGCCUUCGGCAACUCUAUCGCGGAUCCCGACAAAUCCAACCCGACUCGGAACAGAUGGGAGCGCCCAUUAGACACUAUCCGUAGUUUCGAGGCCGCCAUCGAUGGUGGUUACUCACGCAAGUCUCUCUACAGAGCGGAAACGGAUUCACAGGCCAACUGGAACAAGCGGAAUAGUUCUUAUAACAGUCAGCCUCGCUUCCCUCGCGACAACUACUACAACAAUCGCCCCGUUUCCUUUAGACCGGAGAAUCAAUUUGAGAAUGGGUCUACCCGAAGCAACUACUUCGAUGGGCAAGCUUAUAGCAAUGGCAUUGGCACUGGUCCAUCUCGGCAACGGAUGUCUAGAAUGCAGUCUGAGCCACAGUACCAGAGCGGCCACGAUCAGAAUAUCUAUCCUCUCCCCCACAAGGACCGAUCAUACGAGACGGUGACUUCUGCUGCGGGUAGUGGCAAUUCGGAUCACGCAGGCUAUCAGACAGACCCUACGAGCAGCGACAACAGCUCAAUCGAUCGGACGACGCCGGCUAAGCGCCGCGAACCCUUCAAUGAGUAUGCGUCCGGCUCAUAUCAGCCUCAGCAGCCCUACCAGUCACGCCCUUGGCCAGCAUCUGGUUCUGGUGCGAACAAUGAGGGACAACCUCAACCACCUCCUCCUUCGCAUUCGCAAUCUCCUUCGACACAGGCUCAGGCCUCGAUUCCACCGCCGAAACAGAAGAAUACCCUUUUAAGGAGGACAUCGACUCAACAGUCAACACACCAACCUCAACAAGCAGCAGGCGGGGACAAGCGCAAGAGUUGGUUUUCUCGUAGGUUCAGCAAAAACUCUUGA